AUGAUUAGGCUUCCGGGAGACGGAGUAGAUGUCUUAACAUACAAUGAUCAGCCACUUAUGAUCGCAAUGUUUCCCGAGAUAGGAUGCAAGGCCAGAGCCAGAAUCGUCAAGGUAACAUUCACUCAAGUGAUUGUACAGAUCUUCGAGGUAGAAAAGAGGAAAACAACAAUCGAGUACAAAGGGAUCUUCCGACCUGCAGAUUUCAAUCCAAACGAGUGGCUGUGUGAUAAGUUUGGGAAAGACGAUGUUGUUGAAUGCACUAUUCUAUCGUAUGGAGACAGUGGGAUAUUUGUGAAUUUUGACAUGAAGAUCGUUGAAAGACCCUUGGGAUGA